GUCACCAUACAAUUGUGCCGUUGUAAACACAGGUAAAUCACAAAUGUAUACACGAUGCGACGAUGUUUAUCAAAGCACAGCAGGAUUAACGAAAUCAAGUGGUGAAAUGGAAUUAAAAGUGGUUUGAAUUUUCAUUGUUUCGUCAAAAUAAUAUUUCGGAAAAAAUAGAAAUAAGAAGUUUUUUAGUGUAAUUCAAAAGUAUCGAUUUAUUCUGUGCCUCUAUUCUCGAGUGUUUCAAAAUAAAUAAAUUUGUCAAAUAAGAAUCGUUGUAAAAUGGCGACACUUUCUAAACGGAUUAGACUCAUAAUUCACUGUCAGAAGUAAAUGGAAUAUCGUGUCGUUUUCAUUCGUAUAUAUUUUGGAUUAUGUCAAAAUGAUGCUAUCGGAUCUAGUUCCUGAAAAUGUCUACAGAAGUAUCAAAUAAAAAACGUCAUUCUGAAAGGCCGGACUAUUCUCGUCAGUCAUCGUCCGGAUCGACUGCGAGUCAUAACCAGGUUCAGGUUCAUUCUGGCGUUUCUGCUCACAGCCAGGCUCUUUUCCUACAGAAGGUACGAGAGAGUAGCGAGGCAGUGAACCGUGGAGAUUACCGCGGAGCUAUACAAGCGUACACAGAGGCUAUUUCUCUUGAUCCGUCAAAUCAUAUUUUAUACACAAACAGGGCCGCUGCCUUCGCCAAGACACAGCAGUUUCAGAAAAGUCUUCUCGAUGCAAGAAAGUCUCGAGAAUUGAACCCAAAAUGGGCAAAG